AUGUUAUGCCAUUUUCACCUGCUGCUAUGGUUGUCCUGCUUAGUGGCUAAUUGCUGGAGUUCCACCUCGGAGUACUUAAUCAUUCGUCAUGGCCGGUCACGUGUACGUCAUUCAAGUGAAAAGGAUCACAUCCGGUGGGGUCUACAGGUGUUUGACAACUUUACUCUAUUGGAUUACGAUUCGGUUGACGAUUCGAACGAAACCACCAGCGGCAGCGGUACCGGCGGAAAUGGGCCUCGAAUCGAGAAUUCCGUGUCCGUUUCCAAAACGCGCAAUAACUUCGUCACUGGGGGCCGCGCUGCUGGUGGAAUUCAAUUUUUAGACAAUGCCACCACAUCUGAUACCCUCACGAUUCAGUUCAGUGAAUCGGAAGAGCUGGAUAGAAUGAUUGAUAUCAGUGACUUCGAUAGUAUAUCCUCCGAACGACAGGCGGCUGUCAGUCGCUGGAAAAACAAUCGCACUAUCAAACCAUUCCCAGUGGUCGGUGCUGAUAUAAUUCAGCCAUCAAUUCGAUUGACACCUGCGGUGACAUCCAUGGCAACUCCCCCGAAAGGCUUUCAGCUACCGCCGUCACAGCCACAGAAAAAGAAGCUCAUCAAAAAAGCGAUAAUGGAAAGCAUAAGAAAAACCGUCGACAAAGGACUGGAAUAUCUAAAAUCACACAAGAAUUUAGAUGAGGUUAAGAUAGAGCUAAAGCCUUUCCGGGCACAUGUUGGGGGCGGUGGCGAGGGCAGCCUGCCGGAAUACAUUUCAUCGAAAGCGUCCACGAUGUCGGAGAAAGUUAUUCCCAGUCACGAACGGUACCACGGGAGAAUGGAGAACGAAGCGAAGCACGUGGAUGUCAGUCGAAAAAAUUACCCACAAGUGUCAUCACCUUUUUCAGUCUUCUCCACCAGGAGCAUGCCGAUUGAUAAAAAUGAGGAUGGUAACGGUCGUGAUAGGAACCAAAAUGAUGCCAUUACCUUUGGGGAAAAGCACCCUGGUGGUUUCAAGUCACCCGGUGUGGAUAGUUUUCCCACACUCGUGGCGGCGGAACAUUUCAAUUGGAAGCUGAUGCCUGCUACCAACCGAGAUAACAGCGACUACAUCAACGAUUUUCCUCUCGCCAGUGGAGCCAAUGCCGCUAACGAACUACGAAAUCAGAAAAAUUCUGAUUCAAUUAAUCCUGUUGAGCUGAAAGCUGAUAACGGGGCCACUAAGUUGCAAUUUAAUUAUGCCGAGCGCAAAGCAAAACCAUUGCCACCGUAUUCCUCAACGACUUUCUCCGACAUCACGGCGAGCGAGGAAAACGACGAUGAAGUGAUAAAUAUUCUCAACGAUACGCCAACAAUGAGUUUCGAACCCAACGAAGCGGACGUUUCAUCGACGAUGAUAUUCAGCGCCGGUGACCCAGAACAGGACGGUCCGCCGGUGUGGCUGUCCGAUGCCGAGGACCACGAGAGCGAUGACGAAAUCAUUGGCGAUGAUGACGAGGAAAGCAAUUACAGAAUAUCAGACACUAGCGAGAUUUUCCGCAUGGAGGACAUCGACCUGAGCGAGCUGGACGAAACCAGUCGAAACAACCGCCGCAAUCUGAUGAAGGGCCGUGAUGUGGUUACCCAAUUUUUGCAGAUCGUCGAGAGCCAACAUCUGCUCGGAUCGAACUGCACCGCCGGAACGGCACUCAAUCUCGGCGAGGGUGUCGUGGAUCGGUAUGCCCAGGACCGGUUCCGUGUCGAGGCGGAAAUUGCAGUCAAUCGGGCCAACAUGCUGACACGGAUCUUCAAGUUUGCCGCACCCGAGGUUCAAUCGUCGGAGCAUCUGCUGCACGCAUCCGUUCUCUCGAUGGUGGAAUUCGACGACGACAUUUUUGCCGCCGGAAAUUGCUUUGACUGGAAUCAGCAUCCGGCGAAGAAGGGUUUGUUCUGUCCGUUCGCUUACCGGCUGCCCCCGCCCGACCAGGGUGCCUCGCUGGCGAAGGACCUCGCCGCCGAGUACCACUAUUUGGGAAACACGUCCGAAUGGUUUUUUCUCGCCCGGAAGAAUGCCGAAAAGGUUAUAGCGCGCGACGAGCAAUACAUCAAAUCAUUCCACAUCUACUCGAACAACUCGUUACGUCAGGCGGACGAGAUCCUGUCGGUAAAGUACGAGGACGGCCGCUGGUCAAAACCGUACUACGAUUGCGGCGGUGGCAACAUUUGGAUGCUGACCUACACGGUGCCUUUCUUUGGCUUCGAAAAUGGAACGUAUUUCUUCAAAGGAACUUCUGGCAUCGAUAUUGAUCUCCGCCGGGUGGAUAUUGAUCAGUGUCCGCAGAAAAACUCCCCUGCUGGAGCCCAGCAGCCGCUCAACAUUUUUGCCGGGACGGACAAAUGCAAACAGCGUACAACAGAGUGUACCCCGAUUCCCGGACUGGGCUUUCGACGCGGUUCCUACCGGUGUAUAUGCCGGAAAGGAUUUUACUUUCCCGAUACCAACCUCGAGCAAAAGUGGUUCAACGGUACCACUCUGGAGGAGGAGUACGAAAAAUUAAUGCUGAACGAAUUCAGCAGCUACAGCGAUCCAACGUCUUACGAGUGUCUACCGUGUGCCGAAGGUUGUGACUCCUGUCUGGAUGCGUCUCCUUGUGUGGCCGCGCUCAAUUGGACGAUGCGCACCGGCAUCCUCGUGCUGGCCUGCACCGUUAUCGGGCUGCUGCCACCGGCGGCUCUUUUCACUUUCCGCUAUCAACAAGUCAAGGUCGUACGUGCAGCAAGCCCAGCUUUGCUCCGCGUGAUUGCACUCGGAGCAUUUUGCAUAUAUUGUACGUCAAUCGUGAUGUAUCCGCCACCGUCGCUCUACACUUGCACGGCCCGGGUUUGGCUGCGUGAAAUAGGAUUCUCGCUAACGUACGGUGCACUGAUGCUCAAAACGUGGAGGAUAUCGGUCAUUUUUCGCGUUCGUUCGGCGAAAGCCGUUAAAAUCACCGAUGCAUAUCUGCUGAAGAGACUCGGAGUGCUGUGCGGCUUCGUAGGGAUUGCACUGCUGGUGCGGACACUGGUGGCACCUCCGGUAGUCAUCGUUGGCCGUACGGCAGACCACCUGAAAGCGUUCCUCUGUAAAACCGACUGGUGGGAUCACACGUUCACGUCAAUGGAAGUACUGUUCCUGGCGUGGGGAGUCCGGCUUUGCAUCAUGGUGCGAAAGGCACCUUCCGAGUUCAACGAAAGUCGUUUCAUCUCUAUGGCAAUCUACAACGAAUUCCUGCUGACGUGCUUCCUCAAUGUGUCAAUGUUGUUCCUGCAAUCUCCCGCUAAUCCAGAUUUAUUGUACAUAAUAUUUUUCUGCCACACACAGCUCACUGUCACCCUUCUGCUGGGACUGAUUUUUGGCAGCAAGGUUUACCUCGUGUUUCGGGGCGGCGGCAAACACCAGGACGACACAACCGGGCUGGGCAUCAAGCCAUCUGGCGCAAAAUUCAUUAGCCGCAGUCACGGUCGAACGUUCGCUAAUGCUAGCAGCGUGACGACAUCCACCGCACAACUGGGUGGCAAUAUGGUGAACGAAGGUCGCCUAACGGAGGAGGAAGCCACCGAGGAGAUCAAGGAGCUGUACAACCAGCUGCAGCGCCUGUACGAACGAAUCCCUCAGCGUGGAAUGGCCGUUGUCACGAUUGCAUGUUUGAUGGAAACCUGCAAGAGCUCAUCCCUCAAACCACCGCACCCGCUGCUGGCGACGAAAAUAAAAGCGAUUACGGCCGCUCCGGAAUGCACAAAUUCGACAGUGGACAAAAGUACUAACACAAGCACGAUGAUACCGAACGGAAACUACGGAAUCGGAAUGAAUCAGUCCCAAACUAAGAUAACGAUUACAGACGAUUUGGACCCGAAUGAUCGAUCGAUAGACAAUAGGAACUUUAAUCUGGACAAUCUCCAGCUGAAGUGCAUGUGUAGCGAAGAAGAGGUGCAGACGAGUUGUGAGUGCCAUAGUGUAGCGGUGAUAAAUUCCUUUAACAAUGCCGGUUGUAAUUUUAAGCAUACUGAUUGCUGUGAUAGUGCAAAAGGAAACACCAGAACAGUGCUAGUGAAACAGAACUCGGAACACACGUUGACCAUUAGUGAUAGUUGUUGUUAUAGUCGAGUUGGCACCAAUCGGAGCUAUCCUGCCGAUGGGUGGGCCAGCAGUAGUGGUAGUAAUUUCAGAGAACUGACUGCAAAAAAUUUCGAAUCCUGUGAUAACCUGUUGCAUCAACAGCAAAAACAGAAACAGACACUAAUCACUAGUGGCGACAGCGCAGAUAAUCAUUCCACUCAGCAGCCAAAUCCGACCUGUGGCGGCUUGGUAGCGACAACAUCCUCCCUUAGUGUGGACGAAAAUAAUUUUAGAAAUGUUAACCUGGAGAACUUUAACAAAUUGUACGCAAGUCACAACAACAAGAUAGAUAGUUUGAAAGAAAAUUUCCUCAUGCGAACCGCUCUGACUGCCGCACUACAUAAUCUGGAAAACGAAAACCGCUCUCGUAAUCAGCGGGCCGGUACCGAACCGUAUCAGUUUCCACCAAUCGGUUGUCAGCCACGCUGCAGUACCGCAACCGCUACCGAUAGUAUUAGCCGCAACUGCAGCACACCAACGCCCUCCUGUAGCUCCUCGGAAACACCAACGACCGUCGCGACAUCCUCAUCGAGUGCACUGCAAACGACCGUUCCGGCAUCGACCAUCAGCGGUGACGCUGAGCCGCUGGAUGCCACUGGAAAUUGCUCGAGCGGUCAACCAUCGGAGCCCCAACAGCAGCAGCAGCAGCAGUCGGGAUCGAAGAAGAAAAAAUCCCCCGAGAAGCGGUUAGUUAUCGAUCUGAACGACAGGUCGAAGUACACCGAAGAGGUGUCCGUUUGA